CCUGGGUCGAGUUUGGUAGGCUUUUACGAGCUGUGGAGGGCUUCUCGUUGUGCUGUCGAACUCCAUCGCAGUGCUGCGCUGCCGCGAGCUUCAGCUGUGAUCAAAAUUUGACGCAUUUGGACAGCUCCGGGAAGGGGGGGCCUUGUGUCUGCUGCCCUCCGCCCUCCCCGCGUCGCAUCGCUGCUCGCCAUGUCGCACUUUGACGAAGACACGCCCGCUCACUUACGCGCGGCGUUCGCCGGCGACCUGAGCACCGUCGAGGCGUGGCUCUAUGACGGCGGUGAUGUGAACCAAGAUGAUUAUCUUUACGGAAGCUUACUCUCGUCGGCAAUCGCGGGGUCCCAGACGCAGAUGCGCGCGUACCUUGUCGCGCGCGGCGCGCGGUGCGGUAAAUCCGACGUCUAUUGCCUCUGUGAUGAGAUCCUUGACAGCCCCAGUAAUCUUGACGUAGCACGACUUCUCAUAGAGCAUGGAGCCGACCCGGCGAUGGGAAACGAGAUAAAUUCUAAUUGGGGCGCACAACAUAAAUUGGCGGUCCUCGCCUGCAGCACUGAAAGAAGAGCAACCCGGUGCGCGCUUUUGAUUCGUUUGCUCGUCGAAAAAGGCGCCGCGGUGGACCCCCGAUUAGGCGGAAACACCCGAUUUGCAGUUGGCACGACAUCUCUCAUGGUCGCCGCGUUUUACUCGGCGCCGGUGGUUUUUCUGCGAGAGCUGCUGCGCCUCGGCGCGGACCUGGCUGCGACGAACGCGCUCGGCGAGAGUGCGUUGAGUUUGGCACGUAACGCAAUUUACACCCACGAUGGCUCAGCAUCUGUUGCGGACAAACGGGCCAUCGUAAAUUUUCUCUAUGAAGUGAGCGCGGCCGGCACGUUUAAAUGUUAUGUGAACGAGCCGAGGAAGAGGCUCCUCGUCCUCGCCAAGCUCUGCGAGCGCGGCCGCGCGACGGCGCCGCGCCGCGGUGCCCUCGCACGCCUCUUCCCCACGCGACGCUCCCGGCGCGCCGGCGAGGGCCUGCCCGACGUGUUGUUCUGGAAGGUCCUGUCCUUCUGGCGCACGUCGCGCGACGGUUCCGUCUAG